AUGUCAGUUCUACCUCCUGAAAUCAAAUUUGAGACUUCUAAAGUCACCAGAAGUUCCCUUGACAGUUGUUUUCUUUUUGAGAGUAGUUGGAGGAAAGCAGUUUUAGAAACACAAAAGAUGAGGAAAGCAUUUGGUCUAGAAGAGCUCAAGGAACGUGUCAAAAUGCCAUAUUUACCAGGACUGCAAAGUUGCCAAAAAAGUGUAAGUUCAGCUCUACUAGAGGUGCACAAAACACUGCUGCGUGCUGACACUGAGAUGCCUCCAGCCAGGAUAAAGAAGACUAAGGAGACAUGCACCAUGGUACCACUUCAGGAGAAACCAAAAAGUUCUAGCUUCAGCGAUCCUCUCACUGGAGCACCGUCUCAGUACUUACAGAGACUCUCCAAGAUGGCCGUAUUAGAAUACAAUACCAUUCGUCAGGAAACAGCCAGAAAAUCAAAAAAGGGCAAGGAACGAGACCUACGAGACUGCUCAUAA